AUGGCCCCGCUGGUCACGAGCGGCGUGGAGCAGGAGCGAAAGGAGGUCAUGGGGCUGUUCGGCGCCCCCGCAGGAGCGCACCCCGCCUGGAAGCCGCACCCGAUCCAGGGCUGGACGCCGAAUUUCAUCCCGAAGGUCUGCGACGCAGGCCUGAAGGCGAAGACUCACGACUCCAUCGAGCUCGUCUCCGGCAAGGAGGGCAUCGACACUGCGCUGAGGCUCAUGAGGGAGGAGGGCAUCUUCUGCGGCACUAGCGGCGGAGCCACGAUGGCCGCUGCGCUGAAGGUCUGCGCGAAGGCCCCCAAGGGCUCCGUCGUCCUGUGCAUGAUCCCGGACACCGCAGAGCGCUACCUCUCGACGCCUCUCUUUGCGGAGGUCGAGGAGAAGAUGACCGCGGAGGAGAUCGAGCUCGGGAAGAGCACCGAGACGAAGACAGAGUUCUGA